GGGAGUUGCGUGCGCGGUAUCGCUGUGACAACUCCGGGCACCGCGCUGUCGUCUCGCCGUCCCGCUUCCCGGGGCUCAUCCCGCAAAAGGGAGAAUCGGAUGGGGUAGCGAAACGUCGAUUGAUGUCGUCCGUAGAAAUGCCCGCUGCUCGUCCGGGAGGGAAAUAGAUAAAAGAAAAAAAGAAAGAAAAAAGUUGUUUUCUCCGCCGCGGUCAGUUCCCUUGUCGUUUCGUCCGUCGGAGGCGAACAGGUGCCCCUACCUGUGAACGCCACCUCUCCCGUGCUUUAGCAAUGGCUAGCGAGGAGCCCUCCAGCGCCCCGCGGCCGCCGGCCGAUGGAAAGGACGAGAGAUCGAGCGCCGCGGCGCUCAAGCCCGGGAUCCCGAUCAGGGGAAUAAAGAUGAAAUUCGCCGUGCUUGCCGGCCUGGUGGAAGUUGGCGAAGUUUCCAACCGAGACAUUGUGGAGACGGUGUUCAACCUGUUGGUGGGCGGCCAGUUUGACUUGGAGAUGAACUUCAUCAUCCAGGAGCCUGAGAGCAUAAUGUGCCUGGUGGAGCUGCUGGACAAAUGCGAGCCCACCUGCCAGGCCGAGGUCUGGAGUAUCUUCACCGCAAUUCUCAAGAAGAGCGUCCGCAACCUGCAGGCCUGUACUGAUGUUGGUCUCAUCCAGGAGGUGCUUCAACGCAUAGCCACAACUGACAGCAUGAUUGCAGACCUGCUGGUGGACAUGUUGGGGGUGCUUGCUAGCUACAGCAUCACAGUCAAGGAGCUGAAACUGUUCUUCAGUAAAUUGCAAGGAGAGAAAGGCCAGUGGCCCUCUCACGCGGUGAAGCUGUUGUCCGUACUAAAGAGCAUGGCCCACAGGAAUGGCCCGGAUUCCUUCUUCAGCUUUCCAGGGAAAAGUGCUGCCGCCAUAGCUCUUCCUCCCAUAGCGAAAUGGCCGUACCAGAACGGAUUCACGUUCCACACCUGGCUCCGCAUGGACCCGAUCAACAACAUCAACGUAGACAAGGACAAGCCUUAUCUGUACUGUUUUCGCACCAGCAAAGGCCUGGGUUACUCCGCCCACUUCGUGGGCGGCUGUUUGAUUGUGACCUCGUUAAAAUCCAAGGGGAAAGGCUUCCAGCACUGUGUAAAAUAUGACUUCAAACCACAGAAGUGGUACAUGGUGACCAUUGUUCACAUCUACAAUCGCUGGAAAAACAGCGAGAUCAACUGCUAUGUCAAUGGGGAGCUCGCCUCCUACGGUGAGAUCACCUGGUUCGUCAACACCAGCGAUACAUUCGACAAGUGCUUCCUUGGCUCGUCAGAGACGGCGGACGCCAACCGUGUGUUUUGCGGGCAGAUGGGGGCAGUUUACCUGUUCGCAGAGACUCUCAGCGCUGCUCAGAUCCUGGCUAUCUACCAGCUGGGCCCAGCUUAUAAGGGCACAUUUAAGUACAAGGCGGAAAGUGACCUGCUGUUUGCGGAGCACCAUAAGACUUUGCUGUACGAUGGCAAGCUUUCCUCCAGCAUCGCCUUCACUUACAACCCACGUGCCACCGAUGCCCAGCUCUGCCUCGAGUCCUCCCCCAAGGACAACGCCUCCAUCUUUGUCCACUCGCCCCACGCUCUCAUGCUUCAGGAUGUGAAGGCUGUGGUGACCCACUCGGUGCAGAGUGGUAUACACUCUAUCGGCGGUGUGCAGGUCCUCUUCCCUCUGUUUGCACAGCUGGACUACUGCCAGCCUUCCAGCCAGGAGCUGGACACCUCUGUGUGUUGUGCGUUGCUGUCAUUUGUGAUGGAACUACUGAAGAACUCGGUGGCCAUGCAAGAACAGAUUCUGUCCUGCAAAGGUUUUCUGGUUAUUGGCUAUGCUUUGGAAAAGUCUUCCAAGCUGCACGUGACAAGGCCCGUCCUGGACAUCGUGCUGUCCUUUGCCCGAUACCUUAGCAGCCUGCAGAAUGGCGUCUUGCUGCUCAAGCAGCUGUGUGACCACAUUCUGUUCAACCCUGCCAUCUGGAUCCACGCUCCCGCAAAGGUGCAGCUGAUGCUCUACACCUACCUAGCGACAGAGUUCAUCAGCACAGUAACCAUCUACAACGCCAUCCGCAGGGUGGGCACAGUACUGCAGGUUAUGCAUACACUGAAGUACUACUACUGGGUCGUCAACCCCCAGGACCGCAGCGGAGUCACGCCCAAGGGCCUCGAUGGUCCAAGACCUAACCAGAAGGAGAUCCAUUCUCUCCGAGCCUUUCUGCUGUUAUUUGUCAAGCAGCUAAUAAUGAAGGAUCAUGGUGUGAAGGAAGACGAGCUACAGAGCAUCCUUAACUACCUUCUCACAAUGCACGAGGAUGACAAUCUCAUGGAUGUGCUGCAGUUGUUGGUGGCGCUGAUGUCCGAGCAUCCUGGACCCAUGGUCCAGGCCUUUGACCAGCGCAAUGGGAUAAGAGUCAUUUACAAGCUGCUUGCAUCUAAAAGUGAAGGAAUACGAGUGCAGGCACUCAAAGUGAUGGGCUACUUUCUGAGGCACUUGCCGCCAAAGAGGAAGUCCGAGCUCAUGCUGGGUCACGGCCUCUUCUCCCUGCUCACCGAGCGCCUGAUGCUUCACUCCAGUCAGUUUUCCAUGACGACCUACAAUGUGUUGUUCGAGAUCCUGACAGAACAGAUCUGCACUCAAGUGAUCCAUAAACAGCAUCCGGACCCCGACUCCACGGUGAAGAUUCUCAACCCACAGAUCCUGAAAGUGAUGGCCGCCCUCCUUAAGAACACCCCCCAGUCCCCCGAGAGCAUGGAGGUGCGCAGAGUGUUUCUGUCGGACAUGAUCAAACUGUUCAAUAACAGCCGUGAAAACCGCAGGAGCCUGCUGCAGUGCUCAGUGUGGCAGGAGUGGAUGCUGUCUCUGUGCUUCAUCAACCCAAGGACCAGCGAGGAGCAGAAGAUCACAGAGAUGGUCUAUGCCAUUUUCCGCAUCCUGCUCUACCACGCCGUUAAGUACGAGUGGGGCGGCUGGCGCGUCUGGGUGGACACGCUGUCCAUCACGCACUCCAAGGUAACCUUUGAGCAGCAUAAAGAGAGGCUCUCCCACAUGUUCCGUCAGUACCAGCGGCAUGAGUCGAUAGGCUCUGGGGGCUCUAUCCGCACUAUUUCUGGUGCCAGCCAGCAGUCCGACAGCCUGGAACGGACCGAUGGAGAACAUAGAGAGGAGACCGCUCCUUCCACUGUCAUCGAACUCAAUGUGGAUGAGGGGUGCCAGGAUCAGAAGGCCCCGGCCUCAGUGCCUACAUCUAACUUCACCCCCGGCCCACCAGAGGGCACUGGCGAAAGGGGACAUACAGCCAUCACUGUGUCCAACAUCCUGGCCAGGGCGGAAGAGGAAGCGCAGAAUUCAGCUCAGGAGUCCCCUGAAGUCGGUUCAGGUGAAGCAGAAGGGACCAGCACUACUGUGGCACAAAAACCAUCUGUUGACGGAGCCAGCACGUUGGACAACCAGCAGGAAUUUAAGACUGUAAGUGAUGGGCAAGGUGCAGUUAGCGCCGUAACUGAAACAGAUGGCACAAACCUUACACAGCCAGUUUGUGAGGCUGGAAAAAUGUCUGAGACAGACUCCCAGGAAACGCCACCAGCAGAUGAUGAAACGUCUCAUCAGAGGGACAGCAACCAAGGGGAAUUGUCAACGUCCAUGAUGGAGGACUCAUUGAAUGACGGGAACUUGGAACCGGAGGCAGUGUCAAAAACAGAAGGUAAGGAUGUCCAAAUGUCCCCAGAGUCCUCAGGCUGCCUGGAGAACAGCGGGGUGGGCGGAGCCUCCGUCUUCAACGAGGACCUUGUCGACGUGUCAUCUGUUAGCGACCACCUUCCUAGUGACACCGAGGAUAGCCAAGUGGAGUCCUCUUAUAUUUCUGCUCCUGCUGCUGCUGGUGAGGAUGGGAAGGAGGAGGAGGAUACAAAUGAAGAGGAGGAAGGCAAGAAUGAUGAGAAGAAAGGAGAGGACUUAAAGACGGAGGAGAAAAAAGAUGAGGAGGAGGGACGGGAGCAAGAAGCUGACGCAAGGGAAGAACCUCAAGAAAAUGAGGAAGGUGAAAAGAGCGACCUCUCUGUUGUUGAGAGUGAGAGUUUGAAAAUGGCCUCUGCUGAAGAAGCACAACAUGAUGUGACACAACCCACCAAAGAUAAUGUUUACAAAGAGGAGCAGCCCUCCACCGUAUCUGACGCCCCUACUGCAGACCAGCAGCCCUCAAACUCCACACUGCCCUCUACAGCACAGGAGGAAACCGCACCAUCAAACUCUUCCUCACCUUGUCAGACUGCAGAGACCACCAGCACCCCGACAGAAGAAACCCAGGCCAAGGCCCAAGACACCGGUGCAGUGCCCUUCAGUUCUGAUUCACAGAGGAGUGCAGACCCUGUAACCAAGACCAAAGAGAUCAAGAUUGCAAGGCUGGACGUGUCCAAUGUGGCCUUAGACACUGAGAGACUUGAAUUGAAGGAGACUGCCGCAACGGAUCCUGGCCAAGCCCACCCAGUGGCGCCAGGGGCUUCAAGCCAGUCCAGAGAGAGCAACGCUUCAGCAGCACGCUCGACCAUGUUUCGAAUCCCGGAGUUUCGCUGGUCCCACAUGCACCAGCGCCUCCUCACCGAUUUGCUCUUCUCCAUUGAGACAGACGUCCAGAUGUGGAGGAGUCACUCCACGAAGACGGUGUUGGACUUUGUGAACAGCAGCGAAAACGUCGUGUUUGUCCACAACACCAUACACCUCAUCUCGCAGGUGGUUGAUAACCUCAUCAUGGCUUGUGGAGGCAUCUUGCCUUUGCUGUCCGCCGCCACCUCCUCUUCUCAUGAGCUAGAGAACAUUGAGCCCUCGCAAGGCCUGGCAGUGGAGGCUUCAGUUACCUUCUUGCAGCGUCUCAUAAACCUUGUGGACGUUCUCAUCUUCGCCAGUUCCCUCAACUUCACGGAGAUCGAGGCCGAGAAGAACAUGUCCUCAGGAGGCAUCCUUCGACAGUGCCUUCGUCUCGUGUGUGCCAUGGCAGUGAGGAACUGUCUGGAGUGUCAGCAGCACACCCAUUUCAAGUCUGGCGCGGAGAGCUCGGCCCGCAGUUACACGGUGAUGCCAAGCACUCUAGUGGGAGCAGCCAAAUCCAUGCCCGCGCAGAGUCCUGUCGACGCUGUGACGGGUGGAAUAUCUCCGGUGAGAGACCUGGAUCGCCUGCUGCAGGACAUGGACAUCAACCGUCUAAGAGCUGUCGUCUUCAGAGAUAUUGAGGACAGUAAGCAGGCUCAGUUCCUGGCUUUGGCCGUGGUCUACUUCAUCUCUGUCCUAAUGGUGUCUAAGUACCGCGACAUCCUGGAGCCCCAUAACGACAGCAGGCGCCCUCAGCGUCCUCAGCACUCUCAGUCUGCCAGGAGCACAGAUAGCGGUGCUGUAUCUGGUGGACCGGACUUGGAGAAUGACGUCUCUCUUCGUCGUUGCGACUCCGGCAUCGGCGAUGACCACACCCCAGCAGCAACCAGUGAGGCAGAGUUAUCCUCUGUGCCUGCUCACGGUCCGGAUGCCAUCUCGGAGGCCUUGUCCACACUGUCCUCCGAGGUCAGGCCCAGUGUGCCAGGCGACGCCAAGGGCAAGAAUGUGAAGGACAUUCUCCGCAGCUUGGUGAGCACGCCCACCGAUGACAUCAUGGUGGAUCCUAGUCUGCUGCCACCGGCGUUUCUAGGGAGCACGGGCGACUCUGCUCGGGACUCGGCACUGCAGUUCCACUCCUUUGACAGGAGUGUUGUCGUUGGACCCAAGAAAUUGGGCGCAGCACCAUCUCCGGGCUCCUCUUCUGCCGCUGCGACUCCCGUCCCGUCAGCCACUUCCACGUCUGUGACCGGCGGGACACCAGUUAACAGUGUUGCCGUGGUUUCUUCCGGCGAUGCUGCUCAGAGCACCUCUACAGACUCUGCAGCUGUAGGAAGCCAAGCUCCAGCCAGCACCAACCUGCCAUCUGUCCCCACCAUCUCCCCGAUGACCCAGCACACAGCCCCCAAUAUGAGUAUCUCGGAGCGUUUGGAGCAUGCCCUGGAGAAAGCGGCGCCUCUGCUGAGGGAGAUUUUUGUGGAUUUCGCCCCCUUCCUCUCUCGCACCCUGUUGGGCAGUCACGGACAAGAACUCCUCAUUGAGGGCACCAGCCUGGUGUGCAUGAAGUCCAGCAGCUCUGUGGUGGAACUGGUUAUGCUGCUGUGUUCACAGGAAUGGCAGAACUCGAUACAGAAGAAUGCUGGACUGGCCUUCAUCGAGCUGGUCAACGAGGGCAGACUGCUGAGUCACACAAUGAAGGACCACCUGGUGCGCGUGGCCAACGAGGCCGAGUUCAUCCUCAGCCGACAGAGGGCCGAAGACAUCCAUAAACAUGCCGAGUUUGAGUCCCACUGUGCUCAGUACGCGGCGGAUAAGCGGGAUGAGGAGAAGAUGUGUGACCAUCUGAUUCGAGCAGCCAAGUACCGCGACCACGUAACGGCAACGCAGCUCAUCCAGAAGAUAGUGACCAUACUGACCGACAAACACGGAGCGUGGGGGAACCACACCGUCAGCCGGCCGAGGGAUUUCUGGCGCCUGGACUACUGGGAGGACGAUUUGAGGCGCCGUCGUCGCUUCAUCAGGAACCCCUUUGGAUCCACGCACUCGGAGGCUACGCUCAAAGCCGCCGCUGACCACGCGUCCGAAGAAGACCUCCUCAAAGGAAAGCAGUCCAUCAGAAGUCAAGUUCUGGGAAACCAAAACUCAGAAAGUGAGAUAUUAUUGGACGGAGACGAUGACACUUUAUCAUCCUUGGAGGAGAAAGAACUGGAGAACUUAACAGGCCCGGUAAACCUGAGCAGCAGCGCUCAGCUGGUCUCUCCGGCCGUGGCGGUGAGAGGCACGCUGUCAAUCACCGCUUCAGAGCUGUACUUCGAGGUGGACGAGGAGGAUCCGGCCUUCAAGGCCAUCGACCCAAAGAUUCUGGCCUACACCGAAGGUCUCCAUGGAAAAUGGCUGUUCACGGAGAUACGCGCCGUCUUCUCCAGACGCUACUUGCUGCAGAACACAGCCCUGGAAAUCUUCAUGGCUAACAGGACGGCAGUCAUGUUCAACCUUCCAGAUGCAGCCGCGGUCAAGAAGGUAGUUCACUGCCUUCCUCGUGUUGGCGUCGGCACCAACUUUGGCCUUCCGCAGACCAGGCGUAUCUCACUCGCCACCCCGAAGCAGCUGUUCAAGGCCUCCAACAUGACCCAGCGCUGGCAGCGCCGCGAGAUCUCCAACUUUGAAUACCUCAUCUUUCUAAACACCAUCUCCGGCCGCAGCUAUAAUGACCUAAACCAGUACCCGGUCUUCCCUUGGGUUAUCACCAACUAUGACUCGGAGGAGCUGGACCUGACUCUGCCCAGCAACUUCAGAGACCUGUCUAAGCCUAUUGGUGCCCUGAACCCCAAGAGGGCGGCAUUCUUCUCAGACCGCUACGACUCCUGGGAGGAUGAUCAGGUUCCCAAGUUCCACUAUGGCACCCACUACUCCACCUCCAGCUUCACCCAGAUGUGGCUGCUCCGUAUUGAGCCUUUCACCACAUUCUUCCUGAACUUCCAAGGAGGGAAGUUUGACCAUGCUGACCGCACCUUCUCCUCCGUGUCUCGGGCAUGGAGGAACUGCCAGAGAGACACAUCAGAUGUCAAGGAGUUAAUCCCAGAGUUCUACUACCUCCCAGAGAUGUUUGUCAACGCCAAUGCCUACAACCUGGGGGUGAUGGAGGAUGGCACUGUGGUCUCUGAUGUGGAGCUUCCACCCUGGGCCAAGAGCCCAGAGGAGUUCGUACGCAUCAAUCGUCUGGCUUUAGAGAGCGAGUUUGUGUCUUGCCAGCUCCACCAGUGGAUCGAUCUAAUCUUUGGUUACAAGCAGCAGGGACCCGAAGCCAUCAGAGCCCUCAAUGUUUUCUAUUACCUGACCUACGAAGGCACGGUCAACCUCAGCUCCAUCACUGACCCCAUGCUGCGAGAGGCCGUGGAGUCCCAGAUUAGGAGUUUUGGACAGACCCCCUCCCAGCUGCUCAUUGAGCCACACCCACCCAGGAGCUCAGCCAUGCAAGUGACCCCGCUGAUGUUCACGGAGCAGAUGCAGCAGGACGUCAUCAUGGUGCUGAAGUUCCCAUCCAACUCCCCUGUGACCCAUGUAGCAGCAAACACCCAACCGGGCCUCACCUCACCGGCCAUCAUCACAGUCACCGCCAACCGCCUCUUCGCCGUCAACAAGUGGCAUGGCUUGACAGGUCAUCAGAGCUCAACGGCGCAGGACCAGCAGUAUCAACUUCCUGUGGAGAUCGACCCUCUGAUAGCCACGAACAUGGGUGGCCAUCGUCGUCAGAUCUCGGACCUGCUGGACCAGAGCAUCCAGAUCAGCUCCCAGUGUUUCGUCAUCACCGCGGACAACCGCUUCAUUGUGCUUUGUGGCUUCUGGGACAAGAGCUUUCGUGUCUACUCCACAGACUCAGGGAAACUGACUCAGAUAGUGUUUGGGCAUCGAGACGUGGUGACGUGCCUGGCCAGAUCUGAGUGUGCCUGGCCAGAUCUGAGUCCUACAUCGGGGGAGACUGCUACGUCCUGUCAGGCUCCCGAGACGCCACGCUGCUCCUCUGGUACUGGAACGGCAAGCAGAGCAGCAUUGGAGAGAGCCCAGCCAGAUCGCACACACUUCUCCCAGCCCUGA